GUAACAUCUUAUUUUAACUUGUGAGCAAAUUACAACUGAAACCUCAAUUAAUUUUUCGAGGAAAACUCGACAGAGGGAGGAGUCAGGCCAUUUUCCUGCAAACUGAUUGGCAGGAAAUUCGUCAACGGACCAGGGGCGGCGCUAAGAGGGUUCCCCAUUGGUCCACAGGGAUGUUCGUUGUGUAUCUCGUCUUUGGAAGCUGAAAUCCCUGAAAAUGACAUUAGUAACUAUCUGAAGUGUAAUCUUUCAGGGAAUCUUUUCGAAGUGUGUCGUGGUGUGUCGAUAAUUGAUUUCGCGUGUGAUUUAUAUCCAUAGGUAUGGAAGAAAUCAGGAAUAAAUUCAAUAAAAUGUUGUCAGUAGGUCGUUCAUCUUCAGCAAGAGUACCAAAAUGUGCUAGAUGUCGUAACCAUGGAAUGAUCUCCAAAUUAAGAGGACACAAGAAGCACUGCAUGUACAAGAACUGUGCCUGUGAAAAAUGUGGUUUAAUCAAGGAAAGACAGAGAAUUAUGGCAAAACAGGUAGCCCUCAAACGCCAACAAGCAGCAGAAGAUGCCAUAGCCUUACACCUAGCAUCAGCCCAAUCAGGAACCAAAUACGAUUACCUCCCACCAGGAAGAAUCUACGGUAUGCAAGUAACAUCCCCGGAACCACAAAGUCCAGACCUUCCAGAAGAAAAGAUCCCUGAAGAACCCCCAAAAGAGCCAAGCCAAGAAGACAUAGUCGUGUCCUCAGCCUCUUUGGACAUGCUGAGCAAGCUUUUCCCCCACAAAAAGAGAGCAGUUUUGGAGCUGGUUCUCAAGAGGUGUAACCACGAUCUGCUUAGAGCUAUUGAGCACUUCAACAACAGCAAUACUACGAAGAUGCCAGAGUUCAAGGAGGAAUCUAGCUCGGCCUUUAGACCUGUAGGUGGUAAGGGUACUAGGCUGGUUCCUGGUCACCAGAAUCUUCCUCUGAUACCAUCCAAUAAGGUGUUUAUGCAUAGUAUCUACCCUCUGUUGCCUUGGUUUAACUCUGCUCAAGUUUUACCAAGUCCUGUUUAUGUACCUGGCUUCUGUGAAUGUGAGCAGUGUAAGCACAACAUCUACAGCACUGCAGAGAGCAGAUUGUAAGGGAAUGAGAGAUCUCUUCUUGAUUGAACGGCUUCCACUGUAUACAAGGUGUUUCCUUAUCAAAUGUUCUCGGAAACACCAUAUGGUGUGAACAUUUGUUUUGACUUUCUCUUACCAAGCAUAUGGUUUGUGCUGUUUUCGGUAUACAGAGUGGUCCAGAUUUUAGUUCAUUAAUUUUGGCUUCGGAUAGAAUAACUCUUUUCUUCGUUUUCAAGAUACAGGGUGUUGAAGUUUUAAAAAAUCAGUUUUUACUAAUAACUCUAGUAUUAUUACAUUGAUU